CCGGAAGAGCCUUAGCUUUUACCGCACGCGCGUGGUCAGGACUCGGUUGACUCGGCAACACCGGGGAGAGCGGCGCUGCAAACAGAUCCUCUCCUGGCCAGCUAUUCCCCUCAUUUGCCCCAUACACUCAUUAUCAUAACACACACACACACGCACUUUACCUCACCUCGCCUCAGGGCAUUCCUCCUAACCCCACCUCACCUCAGGGCUAAUUUAGGAUACUGUUAUUAAACACCCCUACACCACCCUGUUGCCAAAACAGAGCUACAGAGACAGACACACACAGACACAUAAUUAACGCACCCCCUGCAGGACCCACCCAUUCCUCCUGCCCCACUUUACACACCAAAGACUCUCAUCCCCAAACAUCACACAACGCCCUAUCUGCAGCGGCAGCAUUAUGCUGAGCCAGGAGUUACUGCAGAAGCUGCGAUUGCCAGAUCUGCAUGAUGUCCUUGAGUACUUGAGGAGUCUGUCCACCCCGAUGCUGGUCAGCAUGGGGGCAGUGGCUGCCAUGACAACCUACUACCUGACAACGCGGCCCAAGCCCCUCCCACCACCCUACAACCCAUAUAUGCAGUCAGUCGAGGUUCAGGGAGGAGAGUUUGCACGCCGGUCCCCUCUUCAGAAGGGAGACAGUCACAUGACUUAUUUCUAUGACGAUGCCAAAACCAUGUAUGAGUUCUUCCUCAGAGGUGUCCGAGUCUCCAAUAACGGUCCCUGUCUUGGCUCAAGGAAACCAAAACAGCCAUAUGAAUGGAUGACCUAUAGAGAGGUAUUGGACAGAGCAGAGAAUCUGGGUUCAGCAUUUCUCCACAGAGGACAUUCAAAGACUGCAGACCCACACAUUGGCAUUUUUGCUCAAAACAGGCCUGAGUGGACCAUCUGUGAGCUGGCCUGUUACACCUACUCUCUGGUGUCAGUUCCUCUGUACGAUACACUGGGGACAGAGGCCAUCUCCUACAUUGUAGACAAAGCCACCAUCUCCACCAUAUUGUGUGAUGUGGCUGAUAAAGUCAGCCUGGUACUGGGCUGCGUCAAAGACAAGAAACACUCAUUGAAGACCAUUGUUUUAAUGGAGACUCCCAGCAGCGAGCUGGUCAACCAGGCGCGCCAGGCGGGGAUCGAGAUCCUCACCAUGCAGGAGAUGGAGGAGAUCGGCAAGGCCAACCAUCACCAGCCAGUGCCUCCGCAACCUGAGGACAUGGCUAUCAUCUGCUUCACCAGCGGAACCACAGGAAACCCAAAGGGAGCCAUGUUGAGUCAUAGGAAUAUUGUGUGCAACUGUUCCGCCUUCAUCAGCCUCACUCAGGUCCAUUGUCCAUUUAGCUCCAGUGAUGUCCAUAUAUCCUACCUUCCCCUGGCUCAUAUGUUUGAGAGAGUAGUAGAGGGCGUGAUGCUGGUGCACGGGGCCCGGAUCGGCUUCUUUCAGGGGGAUAUUCGUCUGCUGAUGGACGACCUGAGCACACUGAAACCCACUGUCUUCCCUGUAGUACCCAGACUCUUAAACAGAAUGUUUGACAAGAUCUUUGGGCAGGCUAACACCUCGUUGAAGCGCUGGGUGCUGGAAUUUGCCUACAGGAGGAAGGAGGCAGAGCUGAAGAACGGCAUUGUCAGGAGAAACAGUAUCUGGGACCGACUUAUCUUCAGGAGGGUCCAGGCCAGCCUUGGUGGUCACGUGCGUCUUAUGCUAAUAGGAGCUGCUCCCAUCUCGCCUACUGUCCUGACCUUCAUGAGAGCUGCAUUGGGCUGUCAGUUCUAUGAAGGUUAUGGACAAACAGAGUGUACUGCUGGAUGCACCAUGACCAUGCCUGGGGACUGGACUGCAGGUCAUGUUGGCGCUCCUCUGCCCUGUAACUCAAUUAAACUGGUGGAUGUGGCUGAGAUGAACUACCUGGCUGCUAAUGGAGAGGGAGAGGUGUGUGUGAAGGGACCCAAUGUGUUCCAGGGGUAUCUGAAAGACCCAGAGAGGACCAAGGAGACCAUCGAUGCAGAUGGAUGGGUUCACACUGGAGACAUUGGGAAGUGGCUGCCUAAUGGCACUCUGAAGAUCGUGGACAGGAAGAAGCACAUCUUCAAGCUAGCACAGGGGGAGUACAUCGCUCCAGAGAAGAUAGAGAACAUUUAUGUGCGGAGCGAUGCAGUGGCUCAGGUCUUCGUGCACGGAGACAGUCUGCAGGCGUGUCUGGUGGCAGUGGUUGUUCCUGACCCCGACUUCCUGUCUGGCUGGGCUAAGAAGACCCUGGGACUGGAGGGCAGCUACCUAGAGCUCUGUGGCCAACCGGAAGUGAAGGCGGCCAUCUUGGAGGACCUGGUGCGGCUCGGCAAGGAAGGAGGCCUCAAGUCCUUUGAACAGGUGAAGGCCAUCUGCAUCAACACUGAUCUUUUCUCGGUGCAGAACGGCCUGCUCACCCCGACCCUGAAGGCCAAGAGAGCUGAGCUACGGCAACGCUUCAGGUCCCAGCUAGACGAUCUGUACGCUGGGAUCAAAAUGUAGGGGAGUGAAGUAAAGACAACCCACAGGGCGAAGAGCUUCACCAACAGAGAGUUAAGCUCUAAAGAGGAAGAGGAGAAGGAAGUACAAGGGAAAGCAGACAUACAGAAUAAGAAGACCAAAAGGAUUCACCAGCCACUUUAUUCUUGUCAGGGAUUAAUACUGGAAACAACAAGAAGACGUACUGGUGAGAUCAGGUCGAUUCACAGCCUUGAAAAGGAAAUCUCAUAGUAAUAGAUAAUAAAUACUAAUAGAGCAGAAUAGGGAGGGUGAAAAGCUAUGGGCACAGAGUAGAAUCUACACAGAGUAACUAAAUCUUACACAGAAGUGAAUCUGUCCAUUAAUGAAGUGGUUUUAUCUAGCCUAUGUACAGUUUAGGAUACACUAAGGUGUUGAUUCCAGUCAGAUGAACUGUGAUGUUAUCGGCAUGAAGGGCUUUUUAAAGGGAAACACGACAGUGCUGCUGCGUUGGAGCAGACAUCUCAGGACCGCCACAUGGCACCUUUUACCUUCUAGGAUGAAGAGGGAAGACUCAGGCCGCCAUCCCGGCUUCAGACUCAGUCAAACUGUUGGAUUGCAAGCCAUACCGUUCACACGCACACACACGCACGUCCAUGUAGCAGGGGAUAUGUUUGCUGUUCAGUUCUUAGGGUAUUGUGUUUUUCAUGUUAUGCUGUAAGAGCUUCUUAGCCAUGUUACAGAUCACGUGAAUAUACACACACACACACACACACACACACAGAUACUCCACAGGAUCUCACUCUACACACACGGCUGCUGUGUUCAUUUAUUUAUGGUGGUAAUGAAAAAAGGGAAGGUUAUGUUGAAGCCAGUCAUAAAUUAUUAAUGUUUUAAGGGUGUCAUUUUUGAGAAUGAUGUUCCAGAUGUUUCAGAGUAAUAUUGUGCAGGGAUUCUCACGUUCUCAUGAGAUCCCGUUGAAUGCUUGUGAUUUAAUCUCAUACACAGUACAUUGUCUACGGUGGUGCUGUAAUUUGCUUUUACUGUACACUGAUUUUGUGUGUUUUGUAACAAUAAAUUGGAAUUUUACAUCACCUGAA